CAAAAUGGCCGAUGGCUUGUUGUAAGUGAUGUAGUAUGUGAAAAGUGUUAUUUAAUUUAUCAACCAAAAAUAAAAGAGUGAAACUUGAUAAUCGUAUGGAUAAAAUAAAAUUAUAUUUAUAAUUUUCGACACUAGCGUAACAAUUGAACCAGAGUUGACUGCUGCAUAAACUGGAGCCUGAUCGUAAUAAUAUGGCGAGUCCGUCGCCUCAGUCGUCACCAAUGCCACCACCACAAGCCCCGAGUCCAAUGGGUCCACCACAACAAUCAUCGUCGCCCUCGAAUCCCCAAGGAAGUCCAAUGGGUCCACCUCAGCAUCAUCCACACAGUCCGACCCAGGCGUAUCCUGGUGGCCAUCCACUACCUGGCCCAGGUCCGGGACCUGGAGGACCUCCGAUGGCACAACCACCGCAACAACCGCCACCUCAGCAACAAAAUUAUCCACCGCAUCCACAACAAAUGCCACCUAAUUUAGGCCCUCAGGGUCCGGCGGGAGGUCCGACUGGGCCACAAGGACCUGGAGGCCCGAUGAUACCGGGACAGAUGAGUGGACCACCGACUGCUGGGCAUAUGGGACCAAAUCAGAUCAGUGGGCCUGGAGGACCACCUAUGGGACCUGGUCAAAUGUUUCCUGGUGGUCCACCGAAUAUGGGACCUAGUGGACCCAAUCAGAUGGGCCCUGGAGGCCCGAAUCAAAUGGGACCUGGGGGACAAAUGGGUCCGGGUCAUAUGGGACCAGGUGGACCUCCAGCACCACCACAUAUGCAAGGCGGCCCGGGAAACCAAAUGCCAAGUGGACCAGGACAUAUGCAAGGGCCUCCACCAUCGGGACUUAUGAAUGCAGGACCAGGUCACAUAGGACCGGGACCUGGACCGAUGCCAGGUCCAGGACACAUGAAUCCAUCGAUGGCUGGUCCACCGGUUCCGAUGUCCGGAGCACCAAUAGGCCCAGGUGGACAAAUGCCUAGUCACGGACAUGGUGCCAAUGGACAUCCUCAGAUGAUUGUGAGUGGCCCAGGAAAUCAAAUGAACAUAGGGCCCGGUGGUCCGGGUGUUCCUAUUAUUAUGGGUGGGCCUAAUGCUCCGGGACCAGUUCCUGCUGCUCCCAUUGGUCCUAACACCGGUCCAGGGAAUCAAAUGGGACCUGGUGGACCGAUGAUGCCCGUAUCAGGACCUAAUCAGCUGCCUCCAGUUGGACCUGCAAGUCAAAUGGGACCUGGAGGACCUUCAGCAAUAGUCGUCAACAAUUCCGGAAGUCCAGUAGGUCCUGGUGGUCCAUCAGGACCUCCAGGUAUAGGGCCGAUGCCACCAGGAGCAAAUCAACCGAUGGGACCAAUAGGGCCCGGAGGACCCGCUGGUCAAUUGACUCCAAUUCCCAGUGGUCCACCAGGUCCUCCCGGACCUGGACAAGAAAAUCUCAACGCUCUCCAGAAAGCCAUUGACUCCAUGGAAGAAAAAGGUCUUCAAGAAGAUCCUCGUUACUCCCAAUUACUCGCUCUUCGCGCUCGCAGUCAAAAUGCCGGAAUGGGAGACAAACAGAACUUCAGCUCCCAACAACUCCAACAACUUCGUGUCCAAAUAAUGGCCUACCGUCUGCUAGCACGGAACCAACCACUUUCUCAGCAAUUAGCUCUAGCUGUUCAAGGCAGUGUACCAGCCCCAGGUAUGCCUCAGCGACCAGUCGACCCAUCACAGACUCCAAGUACACCAGCAGGCUCUCUUCUCUCCGCGACCACAGGCGCCGUUGUCCCGAGUUCCGUUGGAGCUCUACGACCUGGCUCUCAAUCAUCCCAACAGCUUCAGCAGCAGCAACAACAAGCUGCUAACAAAACAAACCGCGUUACAAGCGUCGUUAAACCCACAGGUUUAGAUCCUCUAGUCAUUCUCCAAGAGCGAGAAAAUCGCGUAGCCACGCGUAUCGCUCUUCGCAUGGAGCAAUUAAGCAACUUACCCACAAAUAUGCCCGAGGAUCUUCGCAUUCAAGCCCAAAUAGAGUUACGUAUGCUCCGUGUACUUAAUUUCCAACGUCAAUUACGUUCUGAGAUAAUCGCCUGUACACGUAAAGACACAACGCUAGAGACUGCGGUCAACGUCAAAGCCUACAAACGUACAAAACGUCAAGGAUUACGUGAAGCCCGUGCUACUGAAAAACUGGAAAAACAACAGAAACUUGAAGCGGAACGGAAACGUCGUCAGAAACACCAAGAAUUUUUGACUUCCGUUCUUCAACAUGGCAAAGAUUGGAAAGAAUUCCAUCGUAACAACGUCGCUAAGUUGUCACGUCUCAACAAAGCCGUGCUGAACUACCACGCAAAUGCUGAGCGCGAGCAGAAGAAGGAACAAGAGCGGAUUGAAAAGGAACGAAUGCGUCGUCUGAUGGCUGAAGACGAGGAAGGUUACCGUAAACUCAUUGAUCAGAAGAAAGACAAACGUCUGGCAUUUUUGUUGUCACAAACCGACGAGUACAUCUGCAAUCUUACUGAGAUGGUCAAGCAGCACAAGAUGGAACAGAAACGCAAACAAGUCGAGGAGCAGAAGCGUAAGAAGAAGAAGAAGAAACUGCAAGACGGCAUGCCCGUCAAUGAAGACGGAACUCCGGUUGAGGAUGCGCGGGUUCAUGUUUAUGAAGUGAGCACUGGCCGGACAUUGACCGGCGAGGAUGCCCCGCUGAUGAGUCAAUUGAAUUCUUUCAUGGAGUCGCAUCCCGGGUGGGAAGUCGUCGAGUCUGACAGCGACGAGGACGACGACGACGAUGAAGAAGAAAAUGUGUCGGGACAAAAAGCUAAGGCUGGAGAUUCAGCUGUUUCUGCUGAGAGCAACAGUGAGUCCAUCAGUGAGACUAAAAAGAAAUUAAAUAAAGCCAAAGUUGAGGACGACGAGUACAAAACUGAAGAGCAGACUUAUUACAGCAUCGCGCACACAGUGCACGAGUGUGUUACUGAACAAGCCUCAAUUAUGGUUAAUGGUAUACUCAAGGAGUAUCAGAUAAAGGGUCUCGAGUGGUUGGUGUCAUUGUUUAACAACAACCUCAAUGGUAUUUUAGCUGACGAAAUGGGUCUCGGUAAGACAAUUCAAACUAUCGCGCUCGUUACUCAUCUUAUGGAGAAAAAGAAGGUCAAUGGGCCAUUCUUAAUCAUCGUUCCAUUGUCAACUCUGUCUAAUUGGGUACUGGAGUUUGAAAAGUGGGCGCCGAGUGUCAUUGUCGUAUCCUACAAGGGUUCACCCGCCGGGCGACGCGCGAUACAAUCGCAGAUGCGUGCUACCAAAUUUAAUGUGCUGCUGACCACCUACGAGUAUGUCAUCAAAGACAAAAGUGUCUUGGCUAAAUUACCAUGGAAGUACAUGAUCAUCGAUGAGGGUCACAGGAUGAAGAAUCAUCACUGCAAGUUAACUCAGGUGUUGAACACUCACUACUUAGCGCCGCAUCGUUUACUUUUAACCGGUACUCCGCUGCAAAAUAAAUUGCCCGAGUUGUGGGCGCUGUUGAAUUUCUUGUUACCCUCGAUCUUUAAAUCCUGCAGUACAUUCGAGCAGUGGUUCAAUGCGCCUUUUGCCACCACCGGAGAAAAGGUCGAGCUGAAUGAGGAAGAAACGAUUCUUAUUAUCCGACGUCUGCACAAAGUACUGAGACCGUUUUUGCUGCGACGUCUGAAGAAAGAAGUUGAGUCUCAAUUGCCUGACAAAGUUGAGUAUAUUAUCAAGUGCGAUAUGUCUGGGUUACAGAAAGUUUUGUACAAACACAUGCAGAGCAAGGGUGUGCUGCUGACUGACGGCUCUGAGAAAGGAAAGCAAGGGAAAGGUGGCGCGAAAGCGCUGAUGAAUACAAUUGUCCAGCUCCGUAAAUUGUGUAACCAUCCGUUUAUGUUCCAAGCGAUUGAAGAAAAAUAUUGUGAGCACAUCGGGGUCCAGGGUUCGCACACAGUCUCAGGACCGGACUUGUAUCGUGCGUCGGGUAAAUUUGAGCUGUUGGAUCGCAUACUGCCUAAGCUGAAGGCGACCAACCAUCGCGUGUUACUGUUCUGUCAGAUGACGCAGCUGAUGACGAUAAUGGAGGAUUACUUGAGCUGGCGCGGCUUCAAGUAUUUGCGGUUGGACGGUACAACCAAAGCUGAAGAUCGUGGUGAUUUACUGAAGAAGUUCAAUGACCCCGGGUCUCAGUAUUUCUUAUUCUUACUGUCAACUCGUGCCGGUGGUCUGGGUCUCAAUUUACAAGCCGCUGAUACUGUCGUUAUUUUUGACUCCGACUGGAAUCCGCAUCAAGACUUGCAGGCACAGGAUCGUGCCCAUCGUAUUGGGCAGAAGAAUGAAGUGCGAGUGCUGCGUCUGAUGACCGUCAAUUCUGUUGAAGAAAGAAUACUGGCUGCUGCGCGCUAUAAGUUGAAUAUGGAUGAGAAAGUCAUCCAGGCUGGAAUGUUUGAUCAGAAGUCAACAGGAAGUGAGAGACAGCAAUUUUUGCAGAGUAUUUUACAUCAAGACGACGCGGAUGAUGAGGAAGAAAACGAAGUACCAGAUGAUGAAACAGUCAAUCAGAUGAUUGCUAGGUCGGAGGGUGAGUUUGAAACUUUCCAGAAAUUGGAUCUCGAGCGACGGCGUGAAGAGGCGAAGCUGGGUCCCAAUCGUAAGUCGCGUUUGCUGGAGGAGAAUGAAUUGCCCGACUGGCUGGUUAAGGAUGACGAAGAAGUUGAGCGGUGGACGUACGAAGAAGACGAGGAACGAUAUCUGGGCCGCGGAUCUCGGCAGCGGAAGGAAGUUGAUUACACUGAUAGUUUGACGGAAAAGGAGUGGCUCAAAGCUAUCGACGAUGACGGGGUCGAGUUUGACGACGAGGAGGAAGACGAUAAGAAGAAAAAGAAACCGCGAAAGCGACGCAAGAAGGGGGAGGAAGAUGAAGAGCCGAUACCGAAGAAACGUCGCGGCGCGGGGAGCAGCAGCGGCGGUGCUGGACCGUCUGUUGAUAUAAAACUACGCAAGUCCAUGAAAAAAUUACUUAUGGUUGUUGUUAAUUAUACGGACAGUACUGACGGCAGGUUACUGAGUGAACCAUUCAUGAGACUGCCGUCGAGACGAGAAUUACCUGAUUAUUAUGACGUUAUAAAAAAACCUCUGACUAUUAAUAAAUUGUUGAAGAAAGUUGAUGAAGGCAAAUAUUCGAGUGUAGAUGAACUGGAAAAAGAUUUCAUGCAGUUGUGUAAAAAUGCCCAAAUUUAUAACGAAGAAGCCUCACCAAUUCACGAGGAUUCGAUUGUGUUGGAGUCGGUAUUUACAAACGCACGACAAAGACUCGAAGCCGAAGGUUCGAUGUCUGAUGACGGAAAUAAUUCAUCUCCAGACGAUCGUGAUGACGGAUCGGACGGCGACUCGAGUGUAAGGAUGAAGAUUAAAUUAAAAGGACGUAAAAGUGAGAGUAGAACGGGUAGUAGACGUAAAAGAAUAACGAAAAAAUAUAUUUCUGAUGAUGAUGACGACGCAGAUGAUAAUUAAGUAAUUUUUCAUUUUAUAUUUUAUUAAUUAAUUAAUUUACAAACUAUCAUAAUUAUUGUUAAGAAAUUUAAUUUAAAUUAUCAUUAUUAUUUUUAAUUUACAUACCAAACUUUUCAACUUAAUUAUCAACUAAGCAAUUAACGCAGUUCAAUUUUCUUAUUGGAAAAUUUUUAUUUUUCCCAUCGGCGUCGCUCGAGAUAUAUCAGAUAUUAAUAUAUAUAUAUAAGUCCCACUGUAAUUAAGAAACAAAUGAUCAUAUUAAUAUAUAUUAAUAAAUAUGUAUGACUAUAAAUGAUAUUAUAAAUUUAUUUAUAAUAUAUAUAUACAUAAAAUUGCAUUUACAGCUUUUUAAAAAAUUUAUGUCAUAUAUUAAUUUAUAUUAUAUUUAUAUGAUCAUGUAUAUUUAUAUCUGAUCUUUUUUUUUUACUACUGUUUGAAUACAAAUAUAUUUAUAUACACACAGAAAAAAAUGAUUUCUUGACGCAAAAAAUUUUUCUUGGCACAAAAAAAUUUUUUCUCGCCCCAAGAAAAUUUUCUUUUCAAUUUAUAAUGAAAAAAUUUUCUUAAAGUGAGUAAAAAUUUUUUGUACCAAAAAAAAUCCCUUUUUUCUGUAUAUAUAUAUAUAGAUUUAUAUUUUAAGAGUGUGAGAAUAAUUCGUACUUACAAAUAAUUCGUCUUGGAUCGAAUAUUAACUGUCGAUUAAAAAUUAAAAUUUUCAAAUUAUUCAAAUUAUUCGUAAGCCUCCGAAUUAUUACUAAAUUAUUGUAAAAAAUUACUUAUAAUUUAUCACAUGAGUUUUAAAUUUAGUAGUAAAAUAAAGUUCGAGCUUCUGAUACUAGUUCGAACUGAAAAUUUGAAUUUGAAUAAAAUAAUUUAAAAACUGGAAAAUAAACAAAAAUUUUUAAAUUAUUCGACGAAUAGAAAUUUGAAUCGCAUAUUAAUACUCGAUUAAAUUCGAUCAGAAAAUUAUUCGCACACUUUUGAAAUAAAUUAAGCGAUAAUGAUAAAUAUUUAAAUGAUCUGCGUUAAUUAAAAGCCUGAGAUAUCAUUAAUUAGUAUUUUUAAUGGAUCUUUAAUUAAUUGAUAACGUAUACUAUUAUUGUAAUAAUAAAUAUAUAUUUAUAAAUA